AUGACGAUGAGGAAUACGUCGGCCGUGUCUACACGCAGCAAUUCUCGCACUGUCAAGGAGCGACAACUCGCACUUGUUGAGGAUCCAGGACGAGAUUUACAGACUGUUAGUGCUCGAGAGCUACAGAUUGAUGACGAUUGGGAGGAGCGUCUUCAUUUACAGGUUAAUAUCAUGAACGUUGUUGGUACCGUGGACGUGAAAACGCCACUUGAUCUCAAGACAAUUGCACUACACGCACGUAAUGCAGAGUACAAUCCUAAGCGCUUUUCGGCAGUGAUCAUGAGACUGCGAGAUCCCAAGACGACGGCAUUAAUUUUUGGGUCUGGGAAGAUUGUUAUUACCGGUGGCACUAGUGAAGAGAGUUGCCGAUUAGCUGCGCGCAAGUUUACGCGUGUAAUACAGAAACUGAACUUCCCAGCCAAGUUUACCGAGUUUAAAGUUCGCAAUGUUAUGGGAACGUGUGACAUUCGCUUUCCCAUUCGUCUGGAAGGUCUGCUGAAUGACCACGCACGAUUUUCAAGUUACGAACCCGAAUUAUUUCCUGGACUCAUCUACAAGCUCGUGGAGCCCAAGUUGACGCUGCUCAUCUUCGUGUCUGGCAAGAUCGUACUUUGUGGCGCGCGUGACUCGAGCCACCUUCACCAAGCUAUUGACAAGAUGUACCCUGUGUUGCUGCAAUACCGCAAGAUGACGGCACCGCCGUCAUUAGUCACAGGGAAACCUAGUUAUGAGGAUAGUGAGGAUCUUGACCGUCUAGAGCCAGGAACUUAA